AUGGCAACCCCUAAAAGCCAAAUUCAUCUCCGUAUUAAAGGUCAAACGACAUGUAUUCAACACAAGGGGAGAGAACUAGAAAUGUUUUGUGAAAAAUGUCAGGAACUGGUUUGUCUAAAAUGCCUUUCUUCUAUUCACAAAAUCCAUCAAGUUUGCGAGCUAAGUGAAAUCACUUCUCAGAAAGAACCAGACAUUAAAAACUUCAUAGACAGAAGAGAAAAAAAUGACCUUGUACAAAUUGGAAAAUACAUCACCACUACAGAUACCCUGCUUAAAGACAACACCAGUACUUUUGAGAAGCUGUCACAAAAGUUAAAGAUGCAAACAGAUAAAUUAAAACAAGCGCUGGACAUGCUUACAGCACAGACACUCUCUCUUUACCACAAAAUGGAAGAGGAUAAUACCAAACUGAUAAAGAAAUACAAACAGGACCUCGAGAUGUACGAGAAGCAACUCAAACAACAAGUUCAAGAAUGUAAAGCAGCUCUCCAGCGUGGUUCACACAUACAGAUUUAUGAUGCGUAUUGUGAGAUCCAUUCUCCUACAUACAGUCUCCCUGUAAAACCUGUCCUGGGUACUGCCAACUUCACUCCAAAUGAAAGUCCUCAAGAUCACUUGAAAAAUGCCUUGGGAAAAGUUAUCACCUCAGGUCAAGGUCAAACUUUAACUGACCAGGAUCGGUCAGUCACAACAUCUGAUGAUCGGGGACAACCCUCUACACAACAACAACGGUCAGGAGCAAAAGUGAAGAAAGCAGUGACAACAUACAAACUACUGCCACAGACCAAGGUAGUGGAGGAGUGGAGGCCUCCAUGUCAGAUUGAUUAUAUAUGUCCCACCACUGAUGGUCAGGUGUGGACCAAGGACAGUAAUACAUUAACUCUCCUGGACAGGAAGGGAGGUGGACCAUUUUACCCCUGUGGUGUGGUGUAUGACAGUGUUGGGAACCUGAUCAUAGGGGACUACAACUACAGGGUCCUACUCAUCAGUGGACGUGGCUCAUUCCUUAACUCCUUUACCCCAGAGUUGUAA